AAAAAAAUCCUCGUCUCAACGCCGCGCUCCCGCCGCCGGUCAUGGUGCCGGCGAAAAUCCACCUCCGGCAACCGCAGUGGCAGCCUGGCAGGAGCAGCACCGAGCAUCAGGAGGCAAUCGUAAAGUCUCCGCAUCCGAGCUCAGAGGUUGAUGGUGAUGGUGUGCAGGAUUCGACUAUCAGUAUAAAGAUGCUGGCCGUGAGGCGGAGACCGCCAGACAUCCUCACCUCGCCGACGUAUUUGAUCUGCGGACGCUGCGGGCUCUCGGUGUCCAUAUAUCGGAAGUUGUUGUCCUUGAAGAAACUGAUCCAAGCGUUGACCCCUAGCAUGGAGUCUUUGUCAUCAUCAUCAUUGUCAUUGUCAUAUGAUGUUCUCUUGCACACGUAUUGGUGCUGACCGUGUAUGUUCAUUCGUGGUGCUCCAUUGGAAAGUACCGGGAAACUACAUGACGAUUAAUUACAUACAUGACCACAUUUUUUCUUUCACUUGUGAAUUGACUCUAGGAAGCACAACUCUAAAGCAAGGAAAGAAACAAAAUUGUCGUCGACUUACUGACU